GCAAAUGAAUCUAGUUGAGCAGUCUCAGUCUCCUAGCAUUUCAGCAGAGUUUAUACUGGCUGAGUCCAGAGGAAUGGCUCAGGUCAGUCAUCUGCAGAUGAUAGAUGAGAAGGACUUGCGAGACGUAGUUUUGGUCAGAACGAGUGUAGGUGCGUGUUUGCGAGGACGUUUCGGAAGGACAGGACGCGAAGUGGCUGUAAAGUUAAUCGAAGAUAGUAAGUGGAUUGACAGGUUAAAGAAAGUAGGAAUGUUGGGCCAGGUGUGCGCUGAGCAAGUACUGGUCCCAUUGGGUGUGUACACAAGUUCAGCUCACUCUCUAGUGGGGUUGGUGUGGGACUGGAUGGCUGAAGGAUCUCUAGAUUCCACACUGCAUGAUACAAAUCUGUACCCAGAGCUUUCGAUGGUUCUUUGUCUUCGGAUCCUGUUGGAUGUUGCUGAAGGUUUAGCUCAUAUCCAUGCCAUUCCGCUGCCUCAUGGAGCCCUGAAAGCUACUAAUGUUCUUCUCGACCAACAGUACCAUGCAAAAUUGUGUGACUGGGGUCAAGAGAUUGGGGUCUUGACCACUUCUAAUGGCCAUGGGCCAUGUGUCAGAGAUCUGGCCUAUAUGUCACCGGAAGUCUUACAAGGUGCUGUUCCUUCUGUGGAGGCGGACAUAUAUAGUUUUGGGGUUCUGCUGUGGGAAACACUGAAUAGAAAGCGUCCAUGUGAAGGUAUUGAUCAGCUUCAGACCAAAUUAGAGCUUGGUUUAGGGGUUGACCUUCUGCCCCUUAUGACCCCUCAAAACCAUGCUCUUGCCCAGCUCAUCGUUCGAUGCUUGAAGAGUGAACCUCAAAAACGCCCAUCGGCUGAGGAGUGUGCAGUGGUUCUAAGGACAGCUUUGGCAGCAUUUGAUCCUCAGACUUUCACUGAAGAUGUUCUUCAUCUGAAAAAAUGCAAGGAGAGGGGGCUACUGAGCUGUAAAAGGCGCUCAUCCUGGGAGUUGCCUAUUGAACUACAUAACCUAGAGGACAAUAGUUGCAGUGGUCCCACAAAAAAAUGGACCUCCAAAGUGAUUCCACAGAAUGAAUCUCUGCCAGUAUCUUCACUGAAGGCAAAAGGAAAGUCCUCUCCGCCAUUGGCAACAAGAGAUGUUCCUCAGAUUGGAUGCUUUAGGGAUACUGGAAAAAGUUCAGUCCAGUCCAGUAACUCCUGCAGUAAUCGUGGUCUCAUUCAGAUUAAUCGGCGUUGUGGAAUUUCCCAUAGACAAAGUCCCACAUCUUUAAGGUCCCCAUGUGUUUCCUCUUCAACGCUGUUUCAGAGCACCCCACAACACAACGCUGGCAACCAAGUUAAAUAUGAACUGUCAGUGGGAAGGAGGUGUUGCGGGCUUCUGCAAGAGAGACGAGAGGCCAUUGUUCGCUGCAUGACUGAAGGACGACUCAACAACCUACUUGACGUGUUACGUGCUAGACAUGCUGUGACCCGUGAGACGUAUGAGAUCAUCACUUCGACCUUGACCUUGACCGCACGCACGCGCUGUUUGCUUGAUAUCUGUGCCUGUCUUGGUGAAAAUGUUGCUAUCUUGGUGGCCACAACUUUAGGUUUAGUAUCCACUGAAAAUACUCAAACCGCCCAGAGGUGGCAGUCUGGUUAAAUUUGAUCAAAAAUGCCUUUACAUUAGUGUUGUAAUACAGUAACUGCACACAAAACAAUUGAUCAUUAGAUUAGAUUUGUUUGCCAGUAUAAUGUGUCAUGAAUAUGUUGAGAUUGUUAUUGUGUUCUUAUUUAGACAAGUCUGUAAGAGAUGAAGAGAGGUCAGAUCCUCUGGAAGUGAAUGCUGCCAUGCAGUUUUAUUCUUUUUAAUCAAAAAAUAUCAUCAAAUUAACACCCAAUGUAAAGGGUAUUGAUGAUCUCAUUGUUUCCCAGUUCACAAACUGAAGGGAUUAUUCAAAUGACUUUGAA